AUGCCCCACACUGACAGUUCAAUUGGUGCAAGCACUCUUGAUUCGUGUUACCACAGCCAAUAUGGGGAAUCAGAACUUAGAAUCAUCCUUGUAGGCAAAACAGGAGCUGGGAAAAGUGCAACAGGAAACACCAUCCUUGGUGAGAGAGUGUUUGCAUCCAUACUGGGAGCACAGACAGUAACUAAGAUUUGUAAAGCUGGCAGUACGAUCUGGAAUGGGAAGACGAUUCGAGUGGUUGAUACUCCUGCAAUUUUUGAUCCAAAGAUCUGUGGUACAGACACGUAUGAAGAGAUUGGUCGCUGUAUUGCACUCUCUGUCCCAGGCCCCCACGCUCUGGUGCUGGUGACCCAGCUGGGCCGUUACACUGAAGAAGACAAGGAAGCAGUGAGGAGAGCACAGGAGAUUUUUGGAGUUGAAGCCAUGAGGUACAUGAUUGUCUUGUUCACCCGGAAAGAAGAUUUAGGGGAUGGUUCACUGAGUGACUAUGUGAGACACUCAGAUAGCAGAGAUCUCCAGACGCUGAUUCAAAAGUGUGGGGACCGAUACUGUGCUUUCAAUAACAAAGCAACUGGAGCAGAACAGAAAGAGCAGGUUAAUAAGCUGAUAGAAAUAGCUGAGAGAAUGGUGUGGGAGAACGGAAACUCAUAUUAUACUAGUGAAUUAUAUUUCAAGGCAGAGGUGAUGUUCAGUGAUGUUAAUGGAAACUUUGGAGAAAAAGUGAAACAGCACAUAAAAAAACAAAAAGACAUAGCAGAAGCUGAGCAUCGUUGGAAUAUGAACUUUGCAGGGUGUGCAGAAAGUCAGCAGUGUCAGACUGUUUCGGACCAGUGUGUGGAAGGCAACAUUCCAAAGUUUUUCAAGAUCAUUUUGAAUGUUAACUCCAUCCUGGACAGUACUUACAACAUCGCCCAGCUUGAUAUCAUCCACAAACUUUAUAAGCAUAAUAUCUACGCCUUUAAUUGA